UAUUUACUAAUUUAUGAUCAUUUUCAUUUAUUUUCUCAUCCCUACUAUAAGCAAAGCAAUUUAAACCUAUUUUGUUUAGUUUGGUGAAGUUAAAACCUUAUUUGAAGUUGUAGAUGCAUUAGAGGCUUAACUUAUUCAGAUUGAGUAUUGAUUAAAUUUAAUCUAGUGAUAAUAAUAAAAUAAUCACUAACUCAUAGUUCUGCAUUCUUUCAAAACGAACUUUAUUCACAGAAGGCUAAACAUUUUAAUUAACAAAUUAUGAAUUUGAUCCUAUAUCUGAAGAUUCUGAUCUCUUGAUUGAUAUAGUUAUUUACGGAAAUAGUGAUAUAUAUGGGUUAACCAUUAACAAUGGUUUAUUUCAUGCAAAUCUAAAUACAAAAAUCACAAAUCUAUAUCAUCUAAAUUUUACUGAUGAUCAGAAUUAAUUACCUCAACUUAUUAUUUCUUCUAAACAUCUUUUUUUUGUAUCUGCUAAUUAUGCUUAUUAUCUAGAUUUUUUAAAUCUACAAAAUAAAGGACCUGUUUUGAAUUGGCAAAGUAAAAAAACACUAUACUAUUCUGAAAUAAUGGAUAACUAUUUAUUUUCUGUUUUAGGAAUAGAUGGUUUAGAAAUUUAUUUUAUUGAUUAAGAUUAUUAAUCUUAUCUUUUAGAUCAUUAAUCCAUUGGUUUAUUGACAAUUGAUUUUAGAGAUUUUUCUAUUGUUAAAAUUAAAGAUAACAAUUAUUUUCUAUACAUUUUAUGUAAGAUUAAUGGUGUUAUUAUUAUUGAAUUAAUAAUUUCAGAUACUAAAAUUUUAAGCAAAUUACUACUGAAAAAUAUUGGUUCUAAAACUGAUGGAAUUGCUCUUACAAUUAAUUUUAAUGAAGCUCUUUUUGUUGCUUAUAAAACAAAAAAUUAAUAUUAUGUAAUCCAAUUUAAUAUUGAAAUUGUGAGUAGAAAAUGGGGUUCUGUAGCGAGAUUCAAUAUUUCUAAUAAAAUUAUUGAUAUUGAUGUUAAUAAUUAGUUUAUUCUUGUUUAAGGAACACACACUCAUUUUAUUAUUUAUUAUUUGGAUAAAUAAAAUGCAAUUCCUUUUCAAUUGACUUCAGUUAAACAAUUUGUUUUAGCUGAUAAUAAUAUUUAUGGAACAACUUCUAAAUAUUUAUUUCAAUUUCAACCCAAAAUAUAACCCUUUUAGAUUAAGUGCUUUAUUGAUUGUAUUUUUAUUUAAUAGAAAUUUUAGCUGAUUCAAAUCAAAUUGAGUAAAAGUAUAAGCUUAUGUAUAGAAACAAUUAAGGUUGGUAACAAAAAGAAUUUAAAGUUAAUUUUAAUCAUUCAUCUUUGAUUGUUUAAAAAAGCUUUCUACUUUUUGUUUUUUUACUAUUUUUUAUACAAAUCCUUUUGUGUGUUGCUUAUCGUUUAUAUAAAAAUUAAAGAGAAAUAUUAACAUAAAGCUAAAUAUUAGAAUCAAAGAUUAGAUAAUUACCUUAAAAUAGAGCUUCUAAAUUAUUAAUGCCUCAUACUUUUAGAGCUACAUAGCCAAAUUUAGAAACCAGAAUUAAUACUAAUGAUUUUACAGAUGACAAUACGAUUUUAUAGAAGGACAAGAAAAUUUUUUGA